UCAAAACUUGCUCAGGCAACAUGAAAACCCAAGGAAGGAAGGCAGAAGGCAUCCAGAUCGAGUCCCUGGAUGGUAAAGUCGUCAUCUGUCUCCCUCCGCUCUUAGAGUGCAAUGAAAUCAUGAAUAACCGCGCUGGGAUCCCGACACCAAGUGCGGUGCUACACCAGCCGCAUCUCCACCACAUCGCCAAACACAUCCCAGAACUGGAUCCGAAAGCGGAAAUACUCCUGCUAUUAGGAAGAGAUGUUAUCCAGGUACACAAGGUUAGGCAGCAGAUCAAUGGACCACUCAACGCCCCCUUCGCGCAACGUCUGGAUCUGGGCUGGGUGGUGAUAGGAGAGGUGUGUCUCGGUGACGUACACAAACCGAUGGUUAACACACUCAAGACCAAUGUGCUAGAGAGUGGCCGCCAUUCAAUCUUUCGACCCUGCCCGAGUGUCCCGUGCAUCAAGGAAGCACAACAAGGCGUUAACAAACGCGAGGCAAGCGACGAGUCGCUGGGCCAGUCAGUCUUCGCUCUAACGAAGUAUGACAACAAACUUGCACAAUCAGCUCAAGAUACCAUUUCUUUAAAAACCAAAGACACCAAGGUCUUCAGAGAUGAAGCAAAUAAUGGGGUUGCCCCAUUGCCAAUCAGAGAACCACGCCAGCGCUCACCAGAUAACAAAGAGCAGGCAGUCAAACGGUUCACGUCCUUACGGAAAACCUGGAAAAGGAAACCUGAGAUACAGCAACGCACCCGAUUGGCCCACGAGGUACUGUGCACCCUAAUGGCAGAGGUCACAGCCAUUAUAAACGCACAAUCAUUCCUACCUGUGUCUUCUGACCCAGAAAACCCCUUUAUACUUCCGCCAUCAACGCUCCUUACGCAGAAGGCAGGAGCACCUCCUCCACCAGGAGACUUUUCAGACAGGGAUCUGUACACAAAGCAAUGGAGACAAGUCCAAGCUCUGGCGAAUCAGUUCUGGUCCCGCUGGAGACAGGAAUAUCUACCCUCGUUGCAACAGAGACGAAAGUGGACAGAACCCCGCAGGAAUCUUCAAGUCGGAGACCUAGUCCUGCUCAGGGACAAGCAGAUCACCCGCAACAGCUGGCCAAUGGCCAGAAUCACUGCUACAUUCCCUAGCGAGGAUGGACAUGUCAGGAAGAUCGAAUUGAAGACUACCGACCAAGGCGAUGUGAAAAUUUACCAAGGGCCAGUUACAGAAGUUAUUCUACUUCUACCCAAUGACUGAUUAAGAGACUAAGUUUGUACUCUGCUCAUUGUGACCUUACGAAGGUCAAGCGGGGAGUGUGCUGUCUUUACGACAGUUAUUUAGUUUAUAAUAUUUUCGCUUAGUAAUUCAUUCAAUAGUAUUUUCUAGUUAGAAUUAGAAGUGUUUAAAGUAUAUUCAUUGCAUGUAAAAUAUAUCGGCAUGCGAUGACGUCACAUCCGGUUUCGCCGCGUCUUGUGGGAAAACACCGGUUUGAAAUUAGCGCGAGGGUGGGGGCUUUCCACGAGGCUCACCUGAGCACAAGCAGUUUUGCAGGCAUGAGAAAUCACAGUGAGAGCAACGCUUUUUCACCAUAUGUUAAUGUGAAGAGUGAACAGUAAAUGGUUAAUCUUACUGCGAUCUGGUUCUUAUUAACUGUGGUUUAUCCGGACGUUAAAUUCGGCGUUUCGUUACACCCGAAGGAGAACGUGAC